UUUGCUGGAUGUGGGAUGAGACUGAGAAUCUGCACACAGGUGCAUCUGCAGACGCAGCAGGAGGUGAAGCUGCGCAUGACGGGCAUGGCGCUGCAGGUGGUGCGCUCCGAUGGCAUCCUGGCGCUCUACAACGGCCUCAGUGCCUCCCUGUGCCGACAGAUGACCUACUCCCUGACUCGCUUUGCCAUCUAUGAGACGGUGCGGGACCACGUGGCCAAGGACAGCCAGGGGCCCCUGCCUUUCUACAAGAAGGUGUUGCUGGGCUCCAUCAGCGGUUGCAUUGGAGGCUUCGUGGGGACGCCCGCAGAUAUGGUGAACGUCAGGAUGCAGAAUGACAUGAAGCUGCCCCCAAAUCAGCGCCGCAACUAUGCCCAUGCCUUGGACGGCUUGUACCGUGUGGCUCGCGAAGAGGGUCUGAAGAAGCUGUUCUCGGGCGCAAGCAUGGCAUCCAGUCGAGGGAUGCUUGUCACCGUGGGCCAGCUGUCCUGCUACGACCAGGCCAAGCAGCUGGUCCUCAGCACCGGGUACCUGACUGACGGAGUCUUCACUCACUUUGUCGCCAGCUUCAUCGCAGGUGGAUGUGCCACGAUCCUGUGCCAGCCCCUGGACGUACUCAAGACUCGUCUGAUGAACUCUAAGGGCGAGUAUCAGGGUGUCCUCCACUGCGCUGUGGAGACGGCCAAGCUGGGGCCGCUGGCCUUUUACAAGGGCCUCCUGCCUGCUGGCAUCCGCCUCAUGCCGCACACCGUGCUCACGUUUGUGUUUCUGGAGCAGCUUCGCAAACACUUCGGCAUCAAAGUGCUUUCCUGAGGGGCAGGGGCGCGGCCGAGCCUGGUCCUUCCCGAGCCCAGGAGGCCUAGGCCUGGGCGCUGAUCCCGGGAGGGGGGUGGGGCUGAGCGCUGCCCCAGGCCGGGCGUCCGCCCCAGCCUCCCCCUCCCUGGCUUGGCUGCAGGCUCCUGCCCCCCACCCCUCCCAGCCUGCCUGGGCCUGAGCCAUUUCCAGGGACCUUCGUCCCCCCACCUCCUUCCUGCCCUCCCAGGUCCCGGGUGGUCUCUUCCUCCCUGAGCAGCCGCCUAACCCGGGAGGUGGGAAAGGUGGGCGCCCAGGCUCUGUAGGGUCGGAGUCCCCUGCCCCUUCUGCGGCCCUUGGCGCCGUCUUCCAGCAGCUUCCAGCAAGGAGCUAGGUGGCAGAGUGGGGGGGGCAGCCCCCGGCCUUGACACCGGAUUCGGGGCGUGCACAUGCACUUUUCUUGCCUGAGUGGGACCAGAGCUUCUCUGACAUUCUCCAGGGUAGCUGCACCCCGAGCUCCAGGGGAGGGGUGGGGCGGCCCGUGGCCUCAGGCACCAGGUCCCGCCGCCCCCUGUUGCUUUAACAAGUAGUUUCGCCAAAAUCUCUCAGCAGGAGCCUGCUGCGCAGCUUCCACGCUGUCCUUGCUGUCCUCGCUCCCCUCGCUCCCCUCGCUCCCCGGCCCCCAGGCAGAGGCGGGCUGCAGGGUGUCCCCGGGCCCCCGGUGUGGACGUGGCUGUCCACAAGGCCCCCCCACAGCUGAGACCCAAAACACCAGCGCCUGAGUCCCACUGCCACCGCAGUGGUCUGGGGGCUGCGACCUCCUGCCUCCCCAGGUCCCCUGAGUCCUGCACCCCCAGACAGCAGGGUGCUCGGCGGGGCGCUAAUAAAGGACGGUGGAGUGCUGCA